CAACUAGGCCUUAAUUUCUUUUCUUUUCCUUUCGCUUCCCCUUCCUUUUCUCAUCUCCAACCUCUUUUGAUGUUCAUCUUCUUCCAGAUCCUUGUUCGCCAACCUUAGGGGUUUAAUCUUCUCUUUCUCUUCUUCCUUUGAACCAGGAUUUCUCCCUCUUCCUCUCCUUUCCUCUCCACUCAAACUUCACUUGGACUAGAUGUAGUUGCAACUUCGCACAAGGCUGAGAAAGGUAGCUAGAUCUGGGUCCCAUUCUCCUUCCUCUUCCUUUCCUUGGCGCUUUACAAACCCUAACUAAUUAACCUGCACAACCCCUUUCAAACACUUUUUUUCUUGUGUAGGACUUAAGGUUCCUGAGAUUUGAUUUUAAUCUCCGCAGCUUCGGCAAAGUAAAUAACCUAAACCAAACAAUUAGCUCUCCCUCUUCUCCAACCAUGUGCUUCACCAUUAAGUCAGAUUGCUUUAAAUGUGUUUAUGGCGGCGAUGGUGACUACAUCGACUUCACUUUGGCUCUGUUCUUGCCUCCAAUUGCCAUUUUGAAAUGAGAGGGAGUGGUGAUUGGUCCCCUACUUCCAUCUUUUUUUCUUUUUUCUUUUUUCUUUUUUCUUUUUUUUUUUCUGUUUGAAUGACUUAUGAAUUCUUCUCAAAGAAUCCAAAUCUGUAGGGAAAUUCUAUUUUGUUUCUAGUUUCUGGCAAAAAAGGAAGUGGUAGAAG